GCUUCGCCUGGUGAAUUCUGUGAAUUGCAGUCACCGGCAGCGCGCAAGCUUAUUGAGCCAGCGCCUCUUAACGGGUUUAGCGGGAGCGGCGAUUAUUCCUGGAUAAAGAGAAACCAGUUACCGCGGGACUGGAUCUGAGCCUCUAUUGUUGAAGUUUGGUGCAACUUUACCGCUAAAGGAAUCGACAGCUGAACGCUCGGCAGACUUUCCAGCCCGUGGGCAUGGAAUAGAAAAGCGGAGUGGAGCCAGGCGUUAGGCCUGCGGAUAACUAACGUUAGCUAGCUGAGCUAGCUGAUGGGAAGCAGUCUAUCCUUGUUUGGGUCGCUGUGCUAACUAGCUUGGUGCUAUUUUUGCUAGCAUAACAAUUAGCCAACCAGGGUUGCUGGCUUGUUUUGAUGUUGAUAUAUUGAAGGAACCUGCUGGGGUCCACUGCACUUGUUUCCUGAACUUUCUCGAAGUUUUAAGUUAACCUUCUGAGCUAACAUUGUAUAAUAAGCAAGCUAACAGUUAGCGAGCUUCGUCUUUGUCGUUGUUUUGAGCAGUGGGAUGCAUUGUGUGUUAAAAUAAUCUGUAACGUUAUAUUUAUUUUGUAAAAAGGAAUUGCAUGUUGAUGCUCAAACAUCAGUUCGACGCAGUCCAGACCGCAAAGUCUAUCUGUCCCUCCACGUUAUAAUUGAAAUAGUUUUCGGUCCUUUAGUCCCAGUACCACCGACCGCUGUCUCCUGUCUUUGGCCGGCUUCAGUGGCUGGCCACACGGCACCGAGUGCCAAAUGGAGGAACAUGACAACAUGGACUAUUUUUACCAGCAGGUAGUGCAGAAAGAUGUUACCCGUAGGUUGCAGGUCGGACAGGAUCUCAUUGACUACCUGAAUGACCCGCACCGGUCCCCGGACGUGGAGCAGGACAAACCCCGGCUGGAUAAGACCAUAGACGAGCUAACGGGAUGGGUGAACUCCAGCAAUUUCAAGGUGGCAUUGUUGGGGAUAGACAUUUGUGGUGCGUUUGUGGACCGCCUGGGAGAGCGGUUCAAAACAUACCUGGCCACAGUUUUGCCAGCUUUGGUGGACAGGCUGGGUGAUGGGAAGGACCAAGUCAGGGAGAACAGCCAAGCUGUCAUCCUUCGCUGUAUGGAGCAGACUGCCUCGCCCAUGUAUGUUUGGGAAAAGCUACUUCCUGGUUUUAAACACAAGAACUUCCGCAGUCGAGAAGGAAUUUGCCUCUGUCUCAGUGCCACGCUCAGCACGUAUGGAGCCCAGACAUUGAGCCUCAGUAAACUAGUUCCUCAUCUCUGCUCUCUGACUGGAGACCAGAACCCACAGGUACGUGAGGCCUCCAUAGCAGCAUUGGUUGAUGUUUAUCGUCACGUUGGAGAGAGGGUCCGCGCAGACCUGGCAAAGAGAGGACUGCCUGCUGCACGGUUACAGACGUUAUUCACUCGUUUUGAUGAAGCCUUGAAUUCAGGCAACAUGGCUCUCAGCCCUAAUCACGAUCGUAGUUUUGAAGAUGAUGACAGUGUGGAUGGGAUUCGUUCUUCCUCAGCCCAGGCUGCCUUCAAGGUGCCAAAAGUUCCCAAGAAGCCUGCAGAGUCCUCCGCUUCACGCAGGCCCAGCGCUACCAGUGGCAAGCUUGUAUCCAAGGAAGGUGCUGGGGGACUUGAUGAAGAGGACUUCAUUAAAGCCUUCACAGAUGUCCCUUCUGUCCAGAUUUACUCCGCGAGGGAUCUCGAAGACAACCUGAAUAAGAUCCGUGAGGUCUGCUCCGAUGACAAACAUGAUUGGGACCAGAGAGCCAGCGCUAUGAAGAAGAUUCGCUCGCUGUUGGUUGCGGGCGCAACCAGCUACGACUGUUUCUACCAGCACCUGCGGCUACUGGAUGGAGCCUUCAAACUGUCAGCUAAAGACCUGCGUUCACAAGUUGUCCGAGAGGCCUGCAUCACUGUGGCCCACCUUUCAUCAGUGCUGGGGAAUAAAUUUGAUCAUGGAGCGGAAGCCAUCAUUCCCGUCCUUUUCAACCUCAUCCCCAACUGUGCAAAAGUCAUGGCCACCUCUGGCGUGUUGGCUAUCCGCACCAUCAUACGGCACACCCACGUCCCCAGGCUCAUCCCCCUGAUAACCAGUAACUGCACAUCCAAGUCUGUGUCUGUUAGAAGGCGCGGUUAUGAAUUCCUAGACCUUCUACUACAGGAAUGGCAAACCCACUCUCUAGAGAGGCACAUGGCAGUUCUGGUUGAGAGCAUCAAGAAGGGAAUUCGAGAUGCAGACUCGGAGGCCAGAGUGGAGGCCCGCAAGGCUUACUGGGGUCUGAGGAACCACUUUCCAGGGGAGACCGACGCUCUCUACAACUCCUUGGAGCCAUCGUACCAGAGGACCCUUCAGUCCUGCCUGAGGAGCUCUGGCAGCGUGGCCUCACUUCCCCAGAGUGACCGCUCCUCGUCCUCCUCUCAAGAGAGCCUCAAUCGGCCUCUGACUUCUAAAUGGUCUGCAGCUCCAGGGCGAGUCCCUGCGGGUUCAAAGGGUGGGUUGUCGUCGGCUUCCUUGCAGCGCUCCCGUAGUGAUGUGGAUGUAAACGCAGCAGCAGUCGCUAAGUACCGGCACGUCGGACAGACCAGGGCAACAGGGCGUCUGCCCCCUGGCUCCUACUCCUCACUGGAUGAUGCCUCUGAUAAAACGGAUGGGACCAGGUCAGACAAUGGCCGUGUACGUACCAAGCAGCCCUUAUCCACUGCCAGCAGCAUGUCUAGCCAGGUGGACUCACGAGGACGCAGCCGCACCAAGAUGGUCUCCCAGUCACAACGUUCCGACGAAUCCGAUUGCACACCAGGAUCUCAGUCUGCUACCCCUGUUGGUGCUGGCAGUCGGAGUGGCUCCCCGGGUCGUGUGCUGACGAGUACAGCCCUGAGCACCAUGAGCUCAGGGGCCCACCGGGUGCUGGCUGGGUCCAGUGGGGACAAAAACAGACGCAGCCGCAUCCCCCGCAGCCAGGGCUGCUCCAGAGACUCUUCCCCCACCCGCCUGUCUGUUGCUCCUUCCAGCAUUAGUUCCAUCUACAAUGGAGCAAGCAGAGGAGCUCGGGGCAGUCGUAUCCCUCGGCCCAGUAUGAGUCAGGGCUGCAGCAGAGAGGCCAGCAGGGAGAGCAGCCGGGACACCAGCCCCAUACGCUCCUUCACUCCCCUUGCAACGCGGAGCUACUCUCGCUCCACUGGAGCUCUACACACACCUGACGCUUUUGGUGCUGCAGGAUCCGGUUUUGGCAUCAGUCAGUCUAGUCGUCUCUCUUCCUCAGUUAGUGCCAUGAGGGUCCUCAACACAGGCUCAGACGUAGAAGAGGCUCUCGCAGAUGCACUGCUGUUGGGAGACAUGCGGUCCAAGAAGAAGCCAGCACGGCGGCGGUACGAAAACUACAGCAUGUACUCUGAUGAUGACGCUAACAGUGAUGCAUCAAGCGCCUGUUCAGAGAGGUCCUACAGCUCCAGGAACGGAGGAGCCAUCCCCACCUACAUGAGACAGACUGAAGACGUAGCUGAGGUGCUGAACCGUUGUGCCAGUGCCAACUGGUCAGAGAGGAAAGAGGGGCUGUUGGGCCUACAGGCGCUGCUCAAGAACCAACGCACCCUCAGUCGGGUAGAGUUGAAGAGGCUCUGUGAAAUCUUCACCAGGAUGUUUGCAGAUCCUCACAGUAAGCGAGACUGCAGCAGGGUGUACGGCACGGCAGAAUCCGGUAUAAGCUCAGCCUCCUUCAAGAGAGUGUUCAGUAUGUUCCUGGAGACACUGGUAGAUUUCAUCCAGGUCCAUAAGGAAGAUCUGCAGGACUGGUUGUUUGUCCUGCUCACACAGCUGCUGAAGAAGAUGGGAGCUGACCUGCUGGGCUCGGUACAGGCCAAAGUUCAGAGAGCCCUGGAUGUCACACGAGAGUCUUUCCCCAAUGACCUCCAGUUUACUAUUCUCAUGAGGUUCACUGUGGACCAGACGCAGACGCCCAACCUCAAGGUGAAGGUGGCCAUUCUGAAGUAUAUUGAGACGCUGACGCUACAGAUGGAAGCUCCAGACUUUGUGAACUCCAGUGAGACUCGGCUGGCCAUCUCCCGCAUAAUCACCUGGACGACUGAACCCAAGAGCUCUGACGUCAGAAAGGCAGCCCAGUCGGUGCUAAUCUCACUGUUUCAGCUCAACACUCCAGAGUUCACCAUGCUGCUGGCAGCUCUGCCCAAAACCUUUCAGGACGGAGCCACCAAGCUGCUUCAAAACCAUCUGAAGAACACUGGCAACGCUGCACAGGCACCGAUCGGCAGCCCUCUGACGCGCCACACCCCCCGAUCUCCAGCAAGCUGGUCCAGCCCGGUCACAUCCCCCACCAACACCUCCCAGAACACCCCAUCACCAAGUGCAUUUGACUAUGACACAGAGAACAUGAACUCCGAGGACAUCUACAGCUCACUGAAAGGUGUCACUGAGGCGAUCCAGAACUUUAGCGUCCGCAGCCAAGAGGACAUGAAUGAACCAGUCCACCGGCGGGAGGGAGAGGAGGGGGACAGUGGGACAGACGGCAGAGUGUCAGACUUUAUGGACGGAGGUCGCAUGGCUCUGGACAACAAGACGUCCCUCCUCAACACUCCCCUUCUGUCCUCCAGCCCCCGAGGGGCCCGCGAUCACUUAUCAGACUCUCCCUUUAAACACAGCCGCAAAGACACCAGCAUGGAUGACUCUGAGCUUCUCACAGAUGACAGCAGCCUGGACCAAUCGGAGCUGGUGGCAGAGCUGCUGAAAGAGUUGUCCAAUCACAACGAGCGCAUUGAGGAGAGGAAGGCAGCGCUGUGCGAACUGCUGAAGCUGAUUCGCGAGAACACCCUGCAAGUGUGGGACGAACAUUUCAAGACCAUCCUGCUGCUGCUGCUGGAAACGAUGGGUGACAGAGAGCAUGUGAUCCGAACGCUGGCUCUGCGGGUGCUGAGGGAGAUUCUCAGCAAGCAGCCCUGGAGGUUCAAAAACUACGCAGAGCUCACCAUCAUGAAGGCCCUGGAGGCUCACAAAGACCCCCACAAGGAGGUGGUACGAGCAGCAGAGGAGACGGCAGCCAUGUUAGCAUUGUCCAUCAGUCCAGACCAGUGCGUCAAGGUGUUGUGUCCCAUUAUCCAGUCAGCUGAUUACCCCAUCAACCUGGCUGCCAUUAAGAUGCAGACCAAAGUGGUGGAGAGGGUUCCCCGCGAGGGCCUGAUGAGCCUGCUGCCUGAGAUAGUGCCAGGACUCAUACAGGGAUACGACAACUCUGAGAGCAGUGUAAGGAAAGCGUGCGUGUUCUGCUUGGUGGCCAUUUACGCAGUGAUCGGAGAGGAUCUCAAACCGCACCUCAGCCAACUCUCCAGCAGCAAGCUGAAGCUGUUGAAUCUGUACAUCAAGCGUGCCCAGUCUGGCUCCGGCGGCAGUGAACCCCCAUCUGAGGGCCUAUAGGAGACACAACGCCCUCCCACAGGGCAACCACAGAACUGCAACUCUGCCCACCAAACGUAAACGAGAGAUCAUGAGCUCACACCCACACAGACCGAGAACAAAACACACAUCCUAAGAACAUUUCACAGGAGCAAACUGCUUCACACGUACCUGCACUCUGGCCAGAAGAGUGACACACAUACACACACACACACACACACACACACACACACACACACACACACAGUCCUCAUACAUUUCCUGUCCCACUACAAGAUGGUAGUUGUGGUGCAGAAGAGAGGAGUGUUGUAGUUCCCCUGACCAUCGCUGAGGAUCCACCCUGAUCACAGACUGAACUGAACCCUCAAAUCUGGAUUAAACAUAAACAGAUAACACACAUUCAGUCACACCCAGGUUUGUCACUAAUCACUCAAGGAUGAAGAUAUGAAAUGUCCGUCCUCUAUCCCCAACACUACAGUAUCCCUUUGAAUAACAUCUUGAUGUCAACAGGAAGCGGUGCGUCUGCAUGGUUCUCAUUUUUAACGGGGUAAGGUUCAUAGAACAGGGCUGAGACGAACGAAUGGUACCGUCUUGUGUCUUUCUUAAACAGUGAGCAACUGGGGCCAGGUAGACAGGAAUGUAAAUUUACAUUUUGUCAUAGUUUGGAUUUAUUUUACGCAAUGAGGUUUUACUGCAGCAGGGUUUUUUUUUUUUUUUUUUAUGUCCAAGUUUUUUCUCUCUCACACACACAUUAACACACUUUCUCUCUUUCAAAAAGGUGCUGAUUAGCCUAAAAGGUACGACCAACCGACCGUGCACAGCACUAACGGGUCACAGUGGGUCAUGCCUGCUCAUAGCGAAUACAGUACACAGGCAGAUUCCAAAGUAUCGGAGGUGUUAUGUGCUUGGCUAUGCAUGAGACUAAAUUUUAAAAAGUUUUUAUUGGAGCCCUAUCGGCGGUCAGAAUAGUGUGACUGGGGUUUUAAGUUAAUGUGAACAUUGUCCGCCCCCUUUCAGAAAAAUUCAUGGUGUCCUCCCUUUCUCCCAGCUCAUCUUAGAUCAGUCCACUUCUGGGCAACAUGGGAAGGAAGAUGGGUGCGUGCUGCUUACCACAUGAAGUAUGGCAGGACAUGGCUUAUUAUCACAUAGUGGAUAUGUAUCUAUAUAUGAUAUUAAAAUGGGAUAUUCAAUAAUAACAGUGUCAUUUAGGAGAGUUCGCCCAGAGGGGUGCGCAUGUGUGCCCAUCCUUGUUUUUAUUUUCUCUUUCUCUCUCUGUUGCGCUAGCCGUAGUCUCUCUCUCUCACUUAUUUUUUCUCAGCUGAGAAAUUUGUAGAAAUGUAUCAUUUACAGCUCUGAAAAAAAUCGUCAUGUCGCCCUUUUCUCUUCUCUUCAUUGUGUCUUUCUUUCCUUCCUCUUGUAACAUUCUAGUUUUCACUGUUGUGUUUCCUCCGUGCAUUUACAAAGCUGUGCUUACAUUACAAUAAAGAACUUGUACAGACCAUGA